AUGGAAACGACCGCCGGGGGCCCUGGAUCUUGGAGUGAAAAUAUACUGCAGUAUUUUCUGAGAAAUAACCAGAUCAAAACAGAAGAUGGUGCCCAGAUCAUCUGGUAUCAUGCUGCUAACCAUAAGGCACAAAUGAAUGAGGCACUGAAAAGUGCUGCCCACAUGAUAGAGGCUGAUGUCCUCCUUCCAAGUGAGGGAUCAGACCAGAGCCAACCGAUCAUGGCCCAUCCUCCUGAAACAAGUAGUGAUAAUACUCUCCAGGAAUGGCUGACUGAAGUUACGAAAAGCAAUAAAGGCAUCAAGCUGGAUUUUAAGAGUCUGGCAGCUGUAGAGCCAGCCAUGAUGCUCUUGGAAAAUGUGAAGAAGCAUCUGAAGCGUCCUGUGUGGAUUAACGCUGAUAUUCUUCCCGGUCCAAAUGGAAACAGCAGAGUAGUGGAUGCAAAGCCUUUUAUAGACACUGUGACUUCCUUCUUUCCAGAUGUGACAUUUUCCCUGGGUUGGACAACAGGAUGGCAUCCUGAGAAAGUUAAUGAAGGUUAUAGUUGGACAAUGGUGAAAGAGAUGGAAUGCAUAUGCAAUGAACUAAGUCAGCCUGUAACUUUUCCUGUCAGAGCAGCAUUAGUCAGGCAGUCUUGUUCUCAGUUUCUCUGGCUGUUAAAGAAAUCAAACAGGUACAGCCUGACUAUUUGGACUGGAAAAAAUGAUAACUAUUCCAUUGAAGAUUUACUUUAUAUUAGAGACUAUUUUGACAAAAAACAAGUUUUCUAUGAUAUCUUGGAACCACAAAAUCAUGAAUUUAAACAAGCCAUUGGAAUCAAAGUUAAUCUCUAA